AUGGCUUUGCAGCCACCAAGUCGCACUGCCUCGAAAGACAGCCGGCCCAAGGAGAUUACGUUCCUGGAAUCUCCACACGAUUCGCGAAGACCUUCCGUGAAAAGCUCGCCUGGUAACUCUCCGGCGCCCUCACCAACGGCGUCGCAAGAUCCUUCGAGCAUCGCACGUGCAGGAAAGCGGAAGCGAAGUGUCGUUGUACCGGUGAAGGUGAAAACGCUUCCCAACGAGUCGGAAUUCGGCGAUGCCGCCGCGGAAUGGCGGUCGGAGAGGUCGGAGGAGAUGCAAAUCAGCAGAGCGGUUAGCAUAGCGACGCAGCUCAGCGACCAUGAGGAGGAAAAAGAGCCGCCCAGCAUCAGCUACCUGGACAAUGUCUUGAGAUACGAGUUCCGCCGGGGGGGCCCUGGGCUGGAAGAUUCUCGAGCAGGCACCUCCAUCUGGAACGAGUCUGAGACCAGCAGAGGUUUGCUUCGCUCUCAAUCUUGGCGUUCCCUUGCCGCUGCAGAGGCGGAGGAGGGUACGCCCACGGUCUGGACGGCCGAAGGCUUAGAGAAGCAGCACGAGGAGUCGCAAGAGUGGGAUAAAGGGCCUAUCCAAGAGUUCUGUGAGAACUUGGCCAACAAACGGUCGUGGACGGGCACAUAUGUCUUCUUCACGGCUUAUGCCCUGUUCGCCAUCGACAUCGACGCGAUGGCAGGGGAUAAGUCGUCGCGGAUAGGCGUGGCCAUUUGUACUACGCUGGUUGCCAUCGCCUUCCUUUUCGAGCUUGUCGU